CCUGAGGCGUUUGCUACAGGUUUAAUACAAAAACUGGGGCGUCUUUUCUCAUACUUGCUCUUUCACCAAGACCCAACACUUUCUCUUUCCAGCUGGUGAGAGUUCAAACCCUGCAGAAUGCCUCAUCCAGGUGUGUGUAUGAACAUCAUCAACGCCCGUCACCUGAAAGAUGGUAAUGGGAUCGUCACUAACCCUCAGAAGUUUCUGGACCAAGACUUUGAGCAGCUGAAACAGUACUGUAUGAUUAAACGGGUACGGUACAUCGACGACAUGUUCCCCCCUGACGCGAGGUCCAUCGGGACUGGGUUACUGGAGGCUGAUGACCUGAAGCGAGUGGUGUGGCUGAGACCACAUAAAAUGGUUCCCAAUCCAAUGUUUGAAGUUGAUGGGGUCUCCAGGUUUGACUUUGGUCAAGGCAUGCUUGGAAACUGCUGGUUUCUUGCAUCAAUCGGAGCUCUGACAUUCCAGGACUUCAUCCUUAGGCAGGUUGUUCCACCUCAAACAUUUAAUGAGGAGUACUGCGGAAUAUUCCACUUCAGGUUCUGGAGGUUUGGAAGAUGGGUUGAUGUUGUCAUUGAUGACAAACUACCAACUAUCGAUGGCAGACUGGUCUUUGUUCACUCCAAAGACCCAACUGAGUUCUGGCCUGCUUUGCUGGAGAAAGCUUAUGCAAAAGUGUGCGGUUCCUACUUAGACAUGAAUGCUGGAACUCCUGCCGAGGCUUUAGUGGACUUCACCGGUGGAGUUCACAUGUGUAUUGAUCUGACAGAACCUCCCCCACAUCUGUGGGAGUUGAUGUGCAGAGCUGGCCAAUCCAAGUCACUGAUGGGCUGUGGUACACCUCAGGGGGCCACAUCUGCCAACACGGUUUUACCAAAUGGAAUCGUCCAAGGACAUGCCUACACUGUCACAGGUGUGAAACAGAUGACGAGCCAAGGGCAACCGGUACACCUGGUGCGUUUGUGGAACCCCUGGGGCGAAAAAGAGUGGAUCGGAGACUGGAGUGACAAGUCUCCUUUGUGGCAGACCGUGAGUCCUCAAGAACGCGAGAUGUUCCUUUCUGUGGCUGAUAAUGGGGAGUUCUGGAUGACCCUGGAAGACUUCUGUAGGUUCUAUAGUGAUCUGGACAUCUGCUGUCUGUGUCCCGACUUCCUUGAUGGAAAUACAUCUUGCCACUGGAAGACCUCCUUCUAUGAGGGCCGAUGGGUUGCAGGAACAACUGCCGGAGGAUGCAUGAAUAACCUGGACCUUUUCUGGACAAAUCCGCAGUACCGGGUCAAGAUUGAUGAAGUACUCAGUGAAUGUUCUGGGAAACAGGGUGAGAAGAACAUGCUGGUAUCUCUGAUGCAAAAGCCUGACAAGAGGAACAGACGUCUGGUCCAAAGUCUCCACAUUGGAUUCUCUGUAUUUGAGGUGACUGAAGAAUACAAGUCACUGAAGGGAAAGUUCCCAGCCUCGUUCUUCAACAAGAACAGACCUGUCUACCAAACUAAAACCUACGCAAAUGCACGUGAGGUGAUGGGGUUCCUGAUGCUAAAGCCUGGCGAGUACCUGAUCGUACCGUCCACCUUUAAUCCCAAUGAGACUGCCUCCUUCAUCCUGACCAUCCUCUCCAAGUCAGAGACCCACGUCCAUGAAAAUUCUGAUGGCCAUGACCACGAACAGGAGGAAGCGAUGGAAGAGGACAAAGGAACUGAAAAUGAGGAGAACGACGAAAAGAAGAAAAUCUUUUUCCGUCAAUACUCUGACAAGUACGAAGAAGUGGAUGCUGAGCAGCUUCAGAGGCUUCUAAAUGAAAACAUUCUAAAAGGAGACAUGAAAUCUGGAGGCUUCAGCAUUGAUGCCUGUCGCAGCAUGGUUGCUCUGAUGGAUACAUCAGUCACUGGCAAACUGAAUGGAGAGGAAUUUAUUCGCCUCUGGAAGAGGGUCGUCACGUACAAGGACAUUUUCUUCCGCACUGAUGUUUCAAAGACAGGAACACUGUUACUGAGCGAGCUGAGGAAUGCUGUCAUGGCUUCAGGAAAGAGGGUCAGCGAUGACAUGCUGAACUUGUUGGCUCUGCGCUACGGAGCCUCCUCUGGACACAUCACCCUGGAGAGCUUCAUCAGUAUGGUGCUGCGCUUCGACUGCAUGAGCCAAAUCUUUGGCCAGUUGUCUAAUGGGAUGAACAUGACUCUUCUUGAAUCAGAGUGGAUGUACCUUUCGAUGUACACUUAAACUGAAAUGGCGGCAGGAUGCACUUGGAAUCACAGCAGCACAUAAAGCUGAAGAAAAGUUUGUUUUACAAUCCUAUGUUCAUACAAAUGUAUGUUCACACAGAAAAUAAUCAUUUCUGUUUGAAGUUUUGAGGUAACUUUAGGUAUAUUUCUUAGGGUUUAGGGCAAAUAUUAGAUUAAUAAACAUUUUCUUUAGGAAUUGGUUUUGCAAGCUUUUCCAAAAAGUGAGACAAGCUGACAAGAACAUGCAUGACAUAUUUGGUAUACGCAAACCCCGAAAGUAAGCAUUGCUCUGGUUCUAUGGACAAAUAGCCAAUGAGAUGUUUUCAAUUGGACUGAUUCAGAAAAUAAUCUCUGUGGCAAACAAACGUUACUUACACAUGUGGUUUUUAUGAUUUGUGUGUACAUAAGGAAGUAAAAAGUUAAUGUUAGGCUACAAACCAACAACACACAACAUGACUACAUUUUACAACCACUUGCAGAUGUUUAGUAAUGUCAAUUAGCCACCUGCUCGCAACCAGUGUUUUUGGAGACACAAGACAGCUUUGGAAAAACACAAGUGGGGUAUUUACUGACAUAUUUAAUGUUGCAUAACAAAACAUUAACAUCUCUAACUUGUGUGAACAAAGGAGAAGUGUACGCUGAUGUUCCAAAACCUACAAGUGUCUGUCACAGCUGUCAUCACCCGAACACUCCCCUGCAACUGACACUUGGCCUCUGCCCAGUUCUGGAUUAGCCAUGAGGUGGGCGGUGUAGUCACUAAAGCAACAGAAAAUGUUGUCUUUAUGAUUGUCAAUCUAACUAAGCUUAGACUUCUUACGUUAGUUAAAAAUACUGUUCAAACUGAAAAUCUGAUUUCAAUCAAUGUAUUACAGAUUUGAGCAACAAAGCACAGUUUUAUUAAAAACAGAACUGGAAGAUGACCACAACAAUUGUAUCAAAUCAACAAUUAUGGGUAAUGGGUGUUAAGAAAACUGUGAUUUUAACAUAUAUCGUAUAUCUCAAUAUCUUUGUGUUAUACUGUGACUGUGGAUUUUGUGUGUGUUUUUAGCCAUGCUAGCUCUGGUCAGUCCUCUAUUUUAUAUCCCAACAACUAUUUGAUGGAUUGUCUAUAUUUAUGUUAAUAUCCAUGGUGCCACCAGUAUGUAGCAUAAUACAUUUGUUGAUUACAUUUCUUAGACAACUGUUGGAUGGAUUUUCAAUGAAAUUUGGUUCAGACAUGCAUUCUCCCUGAAUACUUUUUUAAAAUGUUGUAUUCACAUUGGUGAUCCCUUACCUUUACAUCUAGCCCCACCAUCUGGACAUACUUAUAAUUGUCCAAACCAAACAUUUUUGAUAUAUAUACAUUUCUAACUGGCAAAUCUUGGCACGCUAAUAUGCAAAUCAGUAAUAGCAUAUUAACAUUGGGACAAUGGCAUGCUGACAUUAGCUCAAAGCACCACUGUGCACAAACAAACAGCCUCAGACUGGUGCUAGCAUGGCUAAUUGUUAAGUCUAUAAGCUGAUCUUCAUGAUGGGAUACAUUUUAUGUUUUUGGUGGGAAUAGACUUUGUACUUUACAAAAUAAAGACAUUUUCCAAACA